AACAAACAUCCAAGGCCCUUAAAACAGAUCCAACAUAAUCAUAGAGGCCAGUCAUACAGUCCAGAGCUGAGCCUGCACCAUGGCUCUAUUAUUCCUGCUGUGUGCUUUACCUUUCCUGGCAGUGGUUACUGGUCAGCCCAACUUUAUCCCAGACGAGCCCUGGGUCAACAUGUACAGACAGGGCUUCAACUUCCAGUGCCCUCACGGGGAAGUCAUUAUGGCCAUCAGGAGCUACUUCAGCGAGAAAGAGGGCUCAGACAGGCUGUGGACUUUCGAGUGCCAGCCCACGCCAACUACCAUGGGGGAACCAACCGAGUGCUGGUGGGACGACAUCAACCGUGGCGGGCAGGAGUGGUAUCAACUUUGCUCCAACAACGGCUUGGUAGCUGGUAUCCAAAGUCAAUAUUUCCCAGCAGUCCUGGAUCGAGAAUGGCAGUUUUACUGCUGUAGGUACAGCCGAAGAUGCCCCUAUUCAUGCACAUUCACAGAGGAUGUACCAGAGUACUAUAAAGAAGAAGGUGAUAUAGUUAUUGAAAACUAUGGCUAUUUCAUCAGAGGAGCAAGCACUACUUUCAGUGCAGUGCACAGAGAUCGCCAGUGGAAGUACGUUGUAUGCAGAAUGACAGACUUUGACUGCGAGUAUAAAAAUGUGUAGAAGGAAGCCAUAAUCCCAACCCAUUGUGUGUUAUCAAAGGAUCGAUAACAGAGAAUCUGAAGAUCUUUACCUAUCAAUCUCUCAGAUUCCCACUCUCCCUGUUGAAAAUGCCCAUAGCAGUUCUUUGCUACAGUACAGUACAGUGCAACAAAAACAUAUUUCAGUAGGAAUGCCAUAUCCUACUAAUAAUGGUUAUACUCUAAUUCUGGCUUGUUGUAUUACAGCUUUUUUAAUGGAUUUAUUUCAAUUUGUCUCUUUUCACAAUGUGUUAUUCAUUUCUUUCUUGUAUAAAUACAUUUGGUUUAAUCUUCUAACUUGAAUAGUUAAUUUGUAUUAAAAAAAAAAUACAAUAAAAUACUCCUCUACUCUCA